AUUUUCGCGUUUUAAAUAACACAGUUCCGUUUAGAUAACGUUUAUAGUAGAAUUGUAGUAUUUUUAGCAAAUUUUGGUGGGAAGGAGAUCAAAUAAGUGUAGUGAAUCCGAUCUUUAGUAUGUAAAUGUCGUUGAAAUGCAGUGAAGCCUAUCCGGAAAACCGUUCGUUUCGUUCGUUUGCACUCACUCCUCGGUGGUUCCGCGGUGGUGUACGCGUUGUAAUGGUCGGUUUUUGUGUUCGACAUGUGCCGCAAACCGUCAUAAUAUGUCCAGCGAAAACCAUACCACAUCUCGAAAGAAUGCCAUACCAAAACUCCAUCUAAUAACAUCAAAUAUUAUCUUAACAAUAAUGAAAUCACCGGACAAUGCAACGAUAUGGUAUUAACCUGUCAGGUAUAUUCCUCCAGAAAAAAUGGAAUCUUUCGGAAACGAAUACCACUCUAUACACAUAAAAUAGCCGCAGUGUUGAAUAAGGUGUAAAACAAAAAAUAUGGAGCACGCAGAUCUAAUUUUGGAAAUGUCGCGCAUCGAACAGAUGCCGACACAAGAUCGGUUGCUUUUAGCGAAAGAAAGGCGACAGAAACAAUUACAAUGUUACCAGAGGCGCGAAAAGGAGUACAAGAAAUUGUCGAAAAUGCAAAAGUUGAAACAACGCCGGAUAUUUUUUCAUGAUAGCGUCAUUUUAUUGGAGGCGGCCGCCAGGAAUGAUAUUGAAGAAGUAAAAACUUUAUUAGAAAAAGGUGUGAAUCCUGAUUCAUGUAAUGAAGACGGUUUAACCGCUCUUCACCAAUGUUGUAUCGACGAUAACGAAGCAAUGUUAGUUUUACUGCUGGAUUAUGGAGCUAAUGUUAACGCAGUGGAUAGUGAAAAAUGGACACCUCUUCAUGCUGCGGCUACUUGCGGUCACAUAAAAUUAGUCAGAAUACUUAUAGCCAAAGGUGCAAAUUUACUAGCAGUGAACGCAGAUGGAAAUAUGCCAUACGAUAUUUGUGAGGAUGAAGCGGCUUUGGAUUACAUCGAGGGCGAAAUGGCCAAGCGAGGCGUAACGCAGCUUUUGAUCGAUCAAACGAGGGCUCACACAGAAAUGCAAAUGCUCACCGACCUACAAGCAAUAGCCGCCGUUGGGGGUGAUUUAGAAACUUAUGAUAAACAAGGAGCCACGCCACUUCAUAUUGCGUCCGCUAAUGGUUAUAUAACGGUCGUCGAAUUUUUAUUGGAAUAUAAUGUUCGUACAGAUGUUAAGGAUAAAGAUGAAUGGCAACCUGCUCAUGCUGCAGCUUGUUGGGGACAUUUGGACGUUUUGGAACUUUUGGUUCAAGCUGGAGCCGAUCUGAACGCAAAAAACAAACACGAUGAAACUCCAGCAGAUAUUUGUGAAGACCCAGAAAUAAAAGAGAGAAUAUUACAAUUGCGUAGUGAGCAGGAAACUCGAAGGCAAGCGGAAGCGCAACGAAAACGCGUUCGGAGAAGUCAAAGUAAUACUAGAGCGGCAUCGGUGCGAAGGACUUCCGUUAGAGACAAAGGUCUUACGCAGAGGCGAGAUGCCGUUGAAGAAGCUAGACUUCGAAUGCAAGCAGAAAAUAAGGGUUUGGAUAACGUUGAAGGUAACCAAAUAUCCAUUCCAACACCACCUUCAACAAAUGGUAGAGCACACACCGAAUUGGAUGGUAAUAAUGUUCGAGGUGAUUCAUUAGAGUUAAGGAAGGCCCCUGAUGGUAAAGACUACGAGGAGUUGCCAGAGAACAACGGAGACGUAGUCGAAUGUAAAAAUGAGAAAACUUACGCGACGGACGUGAACGGUAAAGUGACCGUAGUGCAUGUUGUAGUUACUAUAAACGGGAACGGGACCCUAGCCGACCUGAAAAAACAGCGAAUGCAGAUUAGGAACAAUAGUAGCUCGGACGUGAAUAGUUUAAGUACGCCAGUCAGUAGCAUGCCAGAGGCGGGCGAGGCUCAGACGAAUGCAGUCACGGCCGCUGCCGCCGCCGCACAACAAAAUGCUGACAUUCUUAGGUUUACAGGUGAUACAGAAGAGGUGAUAGGAUACUCCCCAGACAGGGGACGUCGAUGCUGUGUAAUACAGUAAUUAUUUUUUCAAGAAAAUGAAGUGGAUUACCAGAGAAUAAAAAUUGUUGGAUAAUGGAAAACUUUUGCAAAAAUUACUGGAAAAUGGUUAUUUUAUUUUCGUUUUUGUUUGUAAAACGUUAACUAUAUUUGUCUUUUUGUUUAGUGAAUUCAUAAUAAAAUUAAAUCAGGGUGUUUGUAGUUAGCUAGAAAAUUAGAAUUGACCACAUUAUAGGUCAAAUUCAUUGAGAUAUAAUAAAUUUUUAAAUAAUGUCGUGAAAAAAAUGUAUUCUCAAUAGAAACAAA